AUGCAGUUUCUCACGGGCUCUGGGGAGCCCCUCAUGUUGCUGUAUCCUGGCCUUCAGCUGUUGUUUCACGUGGUACAUAUAAGGCUUUCCUCAGUUUAUAUAGAAAUUAGUUGUAAGUUAACAAAAUUCAGUCCACAUCUCCAAAGUCUGCUGCAGCUUUUCAUUGUCUUUCUCUCCUACAUACAGAGUAGGUAUCUUGAGAAGCCAAUGGAGAUCGCUCGAAUAGUGGCCAGGUGCCUGUGGGAAGAGUCCCGCCUCCUCCAGACUGCAGCCACUGCAGCCCAGCAAGGGGGCCAGGCCAACCACCCCACAGCUGCUGUGGUGACGGAAAAGCAGCAGAUGCUGGAGCAGCACCUUCAGGAUGUUCGAAAGCGAGUACAGGAUCUAGAACAGAAAAUGAAAGUGGUAGAGAAUCUCCAGGAUGACUUUGAUUUCAACUAUAAAACCCUCAAGAGUCAAGGAGACAUGCAGGAUCUGAAUGGAAACAACCAGUCCGUGACUAGGCAGAAGAUGCAGCAGCUGGAGCAGAUGCUCACAGCGCUGGACCAGAUGCGGAGAAGCAUCGUGAGUGAACUGGCGGGGCUUUUGUCAGCAAUGGAGUAUGUGCAGAAAACGCUUACUGACGAAGAACUGGCUGACUGGAAGAGGCGGCAACAGAUUGCUUGCAUUGGAGGCCCUCCUAACAUCUGCCUGGAUCGUCUGGAAAACUGGAUCACCUCAUUAGCAGAAUCCCAACUUCAGACCCGCCAGCAAAUCAAGAAACUGGAGGAGUUGCAGCAAAAGGUUUCCUACAAAGGGGACCCCAUUGUACAGCACCGGCCAAUGCUGGAGGAGAGAAUCGUGGAGCUGUUCAGAAACUUAAUGAAAAGUGCCUUUGUGGUUGAGCGGCAGCCCUGCAUGCCCAUGCAUCCUGACCGGCCGCUAGUCAUCAAGACUGGUGUCCAGUUCACCACUAAAGUCAGGUUGCUGGUCAAAUUCCCUGAGUUGAAUUAUCAGCUUAAGAUUAAAGUGUGCAUUGACAAAGACUCUGGGGACGUUGCAGCUCUCAGAGGAUCCCGGAAGUUUAACAUUCUGGGCACAAACACAAAAGUGAUGAACAUGGAAGAGUCCAACAAUGGCAGCCUCUCUGCCGAAUUCAAGCACUUGACCCUCAGAGAGCAAAGAUGUGGAAAUGGGGGCCGCGCCAAUUGUGAUGCCUCCCUGAUUGUGACUGAGGAGCUGCACCUGAUCACCUUUGAGACUGAGGUGUAUCACCAAGGCCUCAAGAUCGACCUAGAGACCCACUCCUUGCCAGUUGUGGUGAUCUCCAACAUCUGUCAGAUGCCAAAUGCCUGGGCCUCGAUCCUGUGGUAUAAUAUGCUGACCAACAACCCGAAGAACGUGAAUUUUUUCACCAAGCCCCCAAUUGGAACCUGGGAUCAAGUGGCUGAGGUGCUGAGCUGGCAGUUCUCCUCCACCACCAAGCGAGGCCUGAGCAUCGAGCAGCUGACCACGCUGGCAGAGAAACUCUUAGGACCUGGUGUGAACUAUUCAGGGUGUCAGAUCACAUGGGCUAAAUUUUGCAAAGAAAACAUGGCUGGCAAGGGCUUCUCCUUCUGGGUCUGGCUAGACAAUAUCAUUGACCUUGUGAAGAAGUACAUCUUGGCCCUUUGGAAUGAAGGGUACAUAAUGGGCUUCAUCAGUAAGGAGCGGGAGCGGGCCAUCCUGAGCACCAAGCCCCCAGGCACCUUCCUGCUGAGAUUCAGUGAAAGCAGCAAAGAAGGAGGAGUCACUUUCACUUGGGUGGAAAAGGACAUCAGUGGAAAGACCCAGAUCCAGUCAGUGGAACCAUAUACCAAGCAGCAACUGAAUAAUAUGUCAUUUGCUGAAAUCAUCAUGGGCUAUAAAAUCAUGGACGCUACCAAUAUCCUGGUUUCUCCACUGGUCUAUCUCUACCCUGACAUUCCUAAGGAGGAGGCAUUUGGAAAGUAUUGUCGGCCAGAAAGCCAGGAGCAUCCUGAAGCUGACCCAGGUGCUGCCCCAUACUUGAAGACCAAGUUUAUCUGUGUGACACCAACGACCUGCAGCAAUACCAUUGACCUGCCGAUGUCCCCCCGCACUUUAGAUUCAUUGAUGCAGUUUGGAAAUAAUGGUGAAGGUGCUGAGCCCUCAGCAGGAGGGCAGUUUGAGUCCCUCACAUUUGACAUGGAGUUGACCUCGGAGUGUGCUACCUCCCCCAUGUGAGGAGCGAGAACGGAAGCUGCAGAGAUGUGACUGAGGCACCUACCCGUGUUCCACCGCCCCUUAAGCAGCCAAACCCCAGAGCAUCUGAAGCUCCUCUUUGUGGUUCCAGAUUUUUUUUUUUUUUUUCAAAUCUCCUACUUCUGCUAUCUUUGAGCAAUCUGGGCACUUUUUAAAAUAGAGAAACGAGUGA